CGAGCCCAGCCCGAGUUUAGCAGUUAGAGAAUGUUUCGGAAACCCUAAUUGUAGAAGAGAAAGGGCUUCUGCCAUCCAUAACGUUAUCGCCUCCUACUCUGCUCUGCUCUGCGCUUCAGCAAGAUUCAAGCUCUGCAAGGCUAGCUGAUCUCAACCAACAAUGGCGGACAAGGCAGUCACUAUUCGCACCAGGAAGUUCAUGACAAACCGACUUUUAUCAAGGAAGCAAUUCGUCAUUGAUGUUCUUCAUCCAGGAAGACCUAAUGUGUCCAAGGCUGAGUUGAAGGAGAAAUUGGCAAGGAUGUAUGAAGUCAAGGACCCCAAUUCAAUCUUCGUUUUCAAGUUCCGCACUCACUUUGGUGGUGGGAAAUCUACUGGAUUUGGGUUGAUCUAUGAUUCGGUUGAGAGUGCGAAGAAAUUCGAGCCAAAGUACAGGCUUGUUAGGAACGGACUUGAUACCAAGAUUGAGAAAUCAAGGAAGCAGAUGAAGGAGAGAAAGAACAGGGCCAAGAAGAUCCGUGGAGUGAAGAAGACAAAGGCAGGAGAUGCUGCCAAGAAGAAGUGAGAAUAGAGAAUGUUUCGCUGGUGUUGAAACUCAUAAGCACAGCAAUGGGCGCAUUUAUUCUCACAUUAGGUGCAUUUUUAUAUAUCUUUAUAUCAGUAUGGAUGUGGGUCUUAACUAAUGUUUAGUUUUUCUUACGAGAGUUUUGAGUAUUUUGAAGAACAAUUUUGUAGCAAAAAAUUUCAAGAUAUUUUUCAUCAUUAAACAGCAUUGAUUUUACGAAACUGCUCCUAGUACCAAUAGAAUUUCAGUGUCGAAUUUCUUCAA